GGGGGGGACGACGUGGGGGACGACGGGAGGCCAAGCGGAGCGGGGACUGCGCGCAUGCGCGUGCGGCCCGACGGAGCCCGGACAAUGUCAGGGGCGCGGGCCGAGGCUGAGUGGCAAGAACUGGAGCAGGAGUUCAAACAGCUGCAGGAAACACACAAGGUGUACAGACAAAAACUCGAUGAACUCACCAACCUCCAGACUAUAUGCAACAGCUCCAUAAAUAAACAGAAAAAGAGGAUAAAGGAUCUGGCCUUCAGUCUCCAAAAGUACAAACGCACUGCCAAUGCAGAUGAAGCCCAGGUUAUACAGGAAAUUAAUAAUAACAUUAAAGAGAGGCAAAAUGUUUUCUUCGAUAUGGAGGCUUUCUUGCCCAAGAAGAAUGGGUUGUACUUGAACCUGGUGCUUGGAAAUGUGAAUGUAACUCUUCUCAGCAAACAGGCCAAGUUUGCCUACAAAGAUGAGUAUGAAAAAUUCAAGCUUUAUCUGACCAUUAUUUUGUUGCUCGGUGCUAUAGCCUGCGUGUUCCUGCUAAACAGGGUGAUUGACGAAAUCUUCAACUUCCUGCUGGUUUGGUAUUACUGCACACUGACGAUAAGGGAGAGUAUUCUCAUCAGCAAUGGAUCCAGGAUCAAGGGCUGGUGGGUGUCCCACCAUUACGUGUCCACGUUUCUCUCUGGGGUGAUGUUAACGUGGCCGGACGGGCUGAUGUAUCAGAUGUUUCGCAGUCAGUUCCUGGCGUUUUCCAUUUAUCAAAGUUGUGUACAGUUCCUGCAGUAUUAUUACCAAAGUGGUUGUCUGUAUAGAUUACGGGCUCUAGGGGAGAGGAAUCACAUGGACCUCACAGUAGAGGGCUUCCAGUCAUGGAUGUGGAGAGGCUUAACGUUCCUGCUUCCCUUUUUGUUCUUUGGCCACUUCUGGCAGUUGUAUAAUUCAGUCACACUGUUUGGACUCUCUCGGCAUGAGCGGUGCAAAGAAUGGCAAGUCUUUGUCUUGGCUCUCACAUUCCUGGUGCUGUUCUUGGGCAACUUCCUGACCACUCUUAAAGUCGUCCAUCAAAAGUUUCAGAGGAAUAGGAGCAAGCUGAAGAAGCCCUGAGUGGCGAGGGAGUGGUCCCUCGGAGGGAGCGAGCGAGGCAGGGGAAGGCAUGCGUAACACUCCGCUCCUCCCGCUCUUGCUGCUGUAACUAGCGAGACCCGUAGUUACCUCCACGUCAACGGGAUCGGAUAUGCAGCUUCUUUAUUUUGCACAGAUAUUUAUGGAGAAUCUUUAAUACCUUCGGGCAGCAUAUACAUACACUUCACACACAAAAAAAAAUGCUAAGAGGAAAAAAUGUUUAAGCCAACUUCCUUUCCGUUUCAGAUCUCGUUGAAGCUUUCUUUUUAAACAGCAACAAAAAAAACUCAACCACAAAAACUCACCAACGUGGCUCGUUGUUCUCUGAGCGAGCUCCUCAGUCACAUACUUUGCUCUUUUUGUUUUCGAAUCAUGAACCAUUCAUCAAUGUGACCUAAUCUUGUGCAGCAUCAUGAACAAAGCCCCUUCUUAGAAAGAGGUGGGGAGGGGGCAAGAGUGAGUGCAGUUACACUUGUAUUCCCCUUGCCCUUAAGAUCCACUGUUUGGCUAAUCAUUCACCAGAGUGAAACUUGAGCCAGUUUGUGUUGAGGUGUUUGUAACUCAAGCUGAGGGGUGAGUGGUAGAUGAAUCAAUUAAACCGUAGAAAGAAAAAAAUUAUCUGAACAGUGAAUAAGGGAUAGUCUUUUGCUGCCUUUAUUGGAGUUCGAUGAUGAGCCUCGGUCUCGUUGUGACCACAUUUUAGGGGGAUACAAGACUUUAGUUACCUUCUCCAGAAACCUACACCGUGUUCAGCCCUUUAUAGGUGGUUGGGGAUGUCAAUGAGACAGUAAAUGUGUGUGAAAUAUUGGGAUUUGGAUAUCACAAGUUGUGUGUUUCUGAAGAUGUCUCUCUUAAUGUCCGACAGCUUAGCCCAUUUGUGAAGGUUCUCCCAACCCCACGUCACCUUGGUUGAGCGAGUGAGCAAGCUCCUCAGUUUUAGUGUUGUGUAACUCGCACACAAGAAAACAUCAGGGUCUUUUCCAACGGGGCACGAGGGAGGCGAUGCUGAACAGGACGGGUGCUCAUCAGAGUUUCCCGCUGCAGAAGGAGGGAGUGGCGUGCUGGCUGGCUCGCUCACUCCAAAGCCACACACUCCACACGGAAGAGGAGCUCCCAUUGCUGGGAUGUGAUACGUUCUAUUAGUGGUAGGGUUGACUUCCUGCUGUAAACACUCUAUUUUUCUCUCUCUCCCCCAACACAACCCCUUAGUGUACGUGUGUGUGUGUUUGCAUCUGGUGUUGAGCAGCAAUAUUGCAGUGUAGAUCAUUGCUCUGUAAAUAGCCAAAUAUCAUCUCAGUUCCCAAGUACUGUUACACUCCACCCACCCCCCCCACCCCUCUUCCAUCCCCUCCCAAAAAAAGACCGUAUAACACUUGAAAGCCACUCCAGGGGCAUGGGGCGUAAGUCCUUAUAUGUGGGUCCCAGGCCAGUAAGGGGCAGGAAACUGAGCAACAGCACAUGUUAGUAACCUGAACCCAAGGGGUUAAGUCAUUGUUGGUGCAGUUAAAACUUGUGGCUGGAGUAAGAGACCAGAUAUAUCCGUGGUACUUCCCAUGAUUGUACAAAUACAACCACGGUUAAUACUUGAUGCUAGCUAUUUCAACUGGCAGUUCACUCACUGUGUCAGUGAAUGUCUCCUAAUUUCCACCCGUCGCUGAAUUCUUGUAACAUGUAAAAUUGGAGUCCUGUAGCUCAAUGGUUAGAGCGCUCACCUCGCAAGUGAGAGUACCUGGGUUUGAUUCCCGGGCAGGGCGAAACGCUGGGCAAGCUUCCUUACUCUAUAGUCCUCUGCAGGAAGUAGGAACCUGGUUGUUAGUUGAUUGAUGGAUUGCUUUUCCAUCAUACUGCUCAUUAUUAUCCACCUCACAAGUCUGUAUUUAACAUUUUACACUAAAACAAUGAAUUCUCAUCUCUCCUAAAACGGCGAGACACACACCUGAAUAUAUGCCAAAAGUUCAGUUCCUAAAAACUUGAACCAAACUCCCAUCGGGGCAUAAAUAAGAUAAACUUAAGUUAUUUACAAAGUGUAAUAAGGCAGUGAUAAGCUAUAGCAGUUAGCAUUUGCUUAAGUAAGUCAGUCACUCAAUAGACUAUUUUCGGUGUUGUAGAGAUAGUUGCAUUUUAAGGAAUGUAAGUAAGCAUAAGCGAGCGAUGUUAAGAGACUUGAUGCCUUAAAAACUGUUGUACAGAGAGAGAAUUACAAGAAAUUUACCAGAUAAACAUGUCAUGAAAAUUCAAUAGUUGUGCUUUUUAAAUCAAGGUCCGGUACUCGAAGGAGACCUUGUGUGUGUGAAAAAGCAAUCGUCUGUAAUAUAUUGCAAAUAGUGAAUAGCCAGAAAGAAGUCUGUCGACAAGCAGAAACCCAGCCGCAGUGACGCACAGUAUGUAAAGGAAAAUGUCCCUCUCAACUUAGUGUAUCUCCUAAACUGAAACGUGAUUGUUUUUGUGUGUGUCUUCUCUUUACCCACUACCCCCUUGCCUCUCAAUGCUGACCGUGAACACAAGCUUCCUGGACUAUUUUACCCACCAAUCUGCAGUCCCUUGUAUUGGUUCACGUUAUACUGUGAAAUAGGACUUAAAGGGAAGAUCUGAACUUUCCUGGUGAUCAAUACAGGGUAGAAUCUUUCUGUACAUCCUUCCGAGGGGGAGAAUAGAACUCUUGGCCUUCUAUAUUGGGGCUUAACUUAUACUGUAAAUUCACUAAUGUAUAAGGCUGUUAAAUAAAUCUCUGUCGAUUCAAGAAAA